UAGCCCUUCCCUUCCCCUCAUGCAUCCGAGGCAGGGAAGCAGGCGGUACGCGCACUCAACGAAUAGAUCAUAAAACUGACAAAGAGAUCGGACAAGAAUCAGCCCAUUGACAGUUAACACUUGUAUUUUUAAUUGGAGAAAUACAUACUUCAGUCAUGUCAAUUGUAUAUUGUAUGGUCUAGCUAGCCUACUUUACUUAUAACGUACUUCCUCAAUCGGCUACGCUGUCUUUCGGAAUUGGCGUCGGCGCAGCAUCACCAUCAUGGUGGCUGGGGAACUCGUUCAGGAGCAUCUGCGCUGUGACAACGCACCUGACGAAAUAUACAUAGUUUGCAAGGCGCCGGUGACCAACGGAGGAGCCGCUGACCGUGAACAAUAUCCUGAAAUAUUGAAUGGAGCCGCGAGUCUUUACGGACUAGACUCGAAAGCGCUAGAACAGGAGAUCCCCCCUGAUGAGAAAGGGGCGAUGCUUCCCGGCGAAAAGAAAUGCCUCGAAACAAAGCUCUACUCAAGGCGGUUCGCUGUCCUGGCCGUUUUUAGUCUUUACUCGCUCGUCAAUGCGUUUCAGUGGAUCCAGUACAGUAUCAUCUCAAACAUAUUCACCCACUUUUACGGCGUGACCAGCAACAAAAUCGACUUGUUGUCCAUCGUCUACAUGGUGACCUACGUCCCUCUUAUUUUCCCAGCUUCGUGGCUUCUGGAUAAGAAGGGUCUUAAACUCACUGCUCUAAUCGGCGCAGGGCUGAACUGCAUCGGAGCGUGGCUGAAGUGCGCCAGCGUUCGCCCCGACCUAUUUGGUGUCACGAUGACUGCGCAGAUCAUCUGCUCCGUGGCACAGGUGUUUAUCCUCGGGCUGCCUUCGAGGAUUGCCUCGGUGUGGUUCGGGCCGAAAGAGGUGUCCACGGCAUGCGCCACGGCAGUGCUUGGUAACCAGUUGGGGACGGCCAUAGGGUUUCUGCUCCCCCCCGUCCUGGUACCCAACACAGCGGACAACUUAGAGCUGAUGGGUCACAACAUCAGCAUCAUGUUCUAUGGUACCGCAGCUGUCUCUACCCUGCUUUUAGUACUGACGGUCAUAGUGAUGAAGGACCACCCCCCCCUACCCCCCAGCCAUGCCCAGGCAGUGUUGCCCGACGUUCCCCCCGAGGACUACUCCUACAAACGCUCCAUAGUCAACCUGUUCAGGAACAAGGCCUUCAUCCUGCUCCUCAUUAGCUACGGCAUCAUGACGGGCUCCUUCUACUCUGUCUCCACCCUGCUCAAUCAGAUGAUCAUGUCCUGUUACGAGAACCAGGAACUCAAUGCAGGCAGGAUCGGACUGACCCUGGUGGUGGCUGGCAUCGUGGGCUCCAUCAUCUGUGGUCUAUGGCUGGACUACAGCAAGGCAUUCAAGAUGACCACUCUGCUAGUGUACGUGUUCUCCUUCAUGGGCAUGUUGGUGUUCACCUUCACUCUGGACCUCAACAACAUCUACAUAGUGUUUGUCAACGCCGGCGUGCUGGGGUUCUUCAUGACAGGCUACCUGCCUCUCGGGUUCGAGUUUGGGGUGGAGAUCACCUACCCCGAAUCUGAGGGCACUUCCUCCGGUCUGCUCAACGCCUUCGCACAGGUGUUUGGGAUUAUUUUCACUCUGAUCCAGGGGAGGCUCACCACAGAUUAUAAUCCCCUUUAUGGGAACCUCUUCCUGUGUGCGUGGAUGUUACUGGGAAUAUUUCUCACAGCCUUAAUCAAAUCCGAGCUGAAACGAAACAACGUCAACAUGGGGGUCGAAUCCAAAGGCAUUACGGCGCAUCAUGUUCCCUCUGUGCCCAACUUCAAGCCCUCCAUGUCUGUUCCUGAUUGGCUGCUGGCUGUCCAGAACUACAUGAAGACUCUGCAAUACAAUCACACAGGAACGCAGUUCUUUGAGAUCAAGAAGACCAGACCGCUGUCUGGGUUGAUGGAGACAGCCAGAGAGAUGAUUAGGGAAUCUCUUCCAAUCAAAUGCCUUGAAGCUGUUAUCCUUGGAAUCUACCUGACCAACGGCCUGACUUCCCUGGAGCGUUUCCCCAUCAGCUUUAAGACCCAGUUCUCUGGCCACCACUUCCACCACGUGGUCCUGGGCGUCUACUGCAACGGCCGCUACGGCACGCUGGGCAUGAGCCGGCGCCAGGACCUGAUGGACAAGCCCCUGACCUUCCGCACUCUCGGCGAGCUGGUUGCCGACUUCGAGGACUCGUACCGGCGCUACCAGCACACGCUCAAAAAGGUGAAGAUAGGUCUGUACGUGCCCCAUGACCCUCACGUGUUCCAGCCAAUCGAGUGGAAGUACCUGGUGCUGAACGCCGGACGCCUGGGGCAGGAGGAGAUGAGGAAGGAGCUGGAGAAACACGGGAGAGACAUGAGGAUGAAGAUCCUAAAGUCAUCCAGCGCCCAAUCACCUAUCAAGGAGCGGACCAGGGGGAAGUCCCUGUCGCCACGACGCCGCCAGAGCAGCAGCCCCCAGCGACGCCACCUCCACCGCCGAGACAAGUCACCUGCAGCCCUGGAUCGGAAGCCUGCAGAGCUCAGCACCUUGAACGACGGAUACCAGAUACGCAUCUGAGCCACCUUUGCCCCCCUUCCUCACCCCUCGCUCGCCCUUCCUCCAUCCUCCCAGGCUCCCUCUCAACCAACCCUCCCUUGCACCGACUAGAAAGACCUCAUCCGGUCUCCACGCAGUCCAGCUCCAGGACAUCCUCUCCCCCCCCCCCCCCCCCAAACUUCAGUGUUUUUUUCUGCACUUCACCCCCCACCCCCCCACCCCUUGAAGAAGACUUCUAUUUAAGAGACCGCAUCCAGUACCAGCUUCAUCUUCAUUGCCCACGGUGUUUAUGGAUGAUCUCACGUUCUCUGAGGGAAAGGUGGAGAGAGAGAGGACACGAGAGACAGAGAUCGAUACCGCCAGAGGUAUUUCAGCCCUCCAGUCUUCUCCUGUCUCGUGUAUCAUUCUGUCACCUCCGUCGAAGGUGUGUGUGUGUGUUUAUACACAUGUUUGCGCAUGGCCGUGGCUAUGCCUCCGUGCGUACCAUUUUACCAAGCAAUGUUUUUAAUCGAGGACUGACGCUUAAGUGAUGUGCCUGAAUUGCAUGAGGCCAUCAUUUCACAGAGGCUCAUGUAUUUUACGGUCCGUGUUUUCAAGCAGUGGUGUUCUUGGUACCUUAGAAUGGAUGUGCUCGAUCAGAGAGCGGGAGGGAGGAGGGCGAGGUAGAGAGAGAUGGGGGUAAGAGAGGAGUCAAGGAAAAAGGGGAAUCCUUGGGUGAGAAGAUUCCUCAUAGAAGGGUCUACAGAGCAGAGCAGAGUACAGCACAGAGCACUGCAGUCAACCUCAUCUCUGGCUUGAUUCUCCUUCCAAACUCUCGGCUCCACUAGCCUCACCUGCCCCACAGCCGGAUCUUAGAAUGAUUCAUGUUUUGGUGCUUUGGAAUAUCACAGUUUUUCCCCCCCAAAAAAGAAUGUGAUGAAGGUUGAAUCAAAGGUGAAUUCCUUCUAAACCUGUGAAUACAGGUAUGUGUGUUUGUGUGUAUGUUUUUUCUGAACUUUCUCCAGAGGCCUUUGUGUAUCACCCUAUAGUUUGGAACAAUGAAUAAUCAAGAAACAAUGCAAAACAUUGAACUGCAUAUAACCAGGCAUAUCAGUUUACCAAUGUUCAACAUUACAGUGUCGAACUGUUUAUAAUGAUAGUUUUGUUCAAAUGGUUCAUUGAUCAAACCCUUGUAAAUCUAACAAGGUGUGAAGUUUGCCAACUAAAAGUAUUUUAUCCAACUUUUGUAGCUUUUGGAUCAACAAGAAGCUAUGCACGUUCAACAGAGAAAUAAUCCAUGUCUUCCUUGAACCGACUGUUCCUUGAUUGCUGCAUUGUUAGAAUUCAGUCUUUCCAUCCAUUCAUCUUUAAGAGUUAAGCCAUGUCUUGACCAGCCGCUAAGCACAAAACAGUCAGUUUAAUGUUUAAUACAGGUUUUACUACCUGGUUCAGCGGUUUUGAUAACUGUUUUAGAAGCACAAUCACCUAAUUACAUAGCCAGUUAGUAAAUUAGACAGUUACCUGUCAGCCAACUAGCCAGCCAGAGUUACCAGCCAGCCAGUCAGGUAAUCAUCAGUCAAUUACAAGACGGUUAUAUACUUUCAAGUAAGUUAAGUAGACUAACUGUAUCAAGGAGGGACGGUGGGGGGAAAGACUGCCCUGACUACUGUGAAUCAGAGAACAGGGCCUACAAAUGAGUUGAUAUCUCCUUGAACUGUUACAUAUUAUCAGUGCUUUCAUUGGUGCAUCUAAACUGUUGAUCUUGACCCAGUUUGUUACCACGUUGUCAUCAUCAGUGCUGUCAUUAUAAUCACGAGGUUUGUUGGUAAACGGUUACAGUAAAAUUCCUUACGAUGCCUAUAGUUUUUUUUUUCUUACCCAUUAGCAUCCCUUUUCCGAAAACUGCACAAUAGGGGUUAUUUGAAACCAGCUACUAGUAAUAUACAAGUAGCCUAAAUACUAUUAUACUACCCAACGAACUUGCUACCUUCCUGUCACAUAAUUCUAUUAGGUCAGUAUCCAGAGAACCUGAAAAACAGGGUUGUUUGAGCAGUGUUCAUAAAUACUGCUCUGUUGAAUAACAAUCAAGAGAGUUAUGAGUGUAAACACUUCAUUGUUGAUUAUUUAUGUUUAGUGUGUAACAAUGUUUUAUCUGGAGUCAUUUAUCUUAACCCAUCCUGUUUCCAAGUGUGCUUCUGGCCAUAUUCAGAGUUGUGUAAAAGUGCUGGAAAUAAAAGUAAUCCAAACGAUAAGCGACAAAAUGAACCAAUAGCUUAUAUGCUAUCAAAGUUGAAUGCAAACAAAUGAUUUGUCUCAGAAAGUAAUUCUAUGCCUAAAGCCAAUAUAGACUGAAAUUAUUAUUAAUCACACCUAUCAAAGUGUCUGUCUGAUUAAAUGGCUAUAUACGGUAUAAAGGAUUAUCCAGACUUGCAUGGAAUGUUUUUACAGUUCUAGUAGAAUGACUGGAGAUGCUACCAGGGCCUGUUGCAGCUAACACAUGACUGUCACUUGGUACAGUCAGUCCAAACCGAAGAAUAGCCUAUUUAAGACACUUAAACAUAUCACUAGCCUUCUUAAUAAAAAAAAAAUCUAAUCUCAAGUGAAAAGAUUGUGGCAAAAAAUAUAACAUAACCGGUGUUUGAAUAUCUACUCUCGGUUUAGGGAAAAUUCCUAAUGACGUUGUAAAUGCGAUUUUCAAAAUGGCCUCUGCUGUAUUUUUUAGUCCGUAGUACUUUGGGGACCUAUGUGGUCAGAAGACUUUCCAGAGAACAAAUGUUUCCCAACUCCUUCUGAGUAAACUAUCAGCAUCUACACAAAAUAAUAUCCUGUACCACUACCAACCUGUGCGUACAAGUUCAUAAAAACAUGCUGUAGUGAGAACAAUGCUUAAUCAGUCAAAUUGUCCUUGUGAGGUCAAUCCAAGAUAAAUCCGAGGUCCAGUCGUUUUGUUGAGUGGUGCACAAUUCGCAAAGACUAUUAAGUGCCUAACGCAUAAUCUCAACUCUGAAUAUGGCCCCUUCAAAAGGACUUUUUCACUUAUGAGAAUAGAAUGUCUGUCAGUAGAACAAAGAGUUGUUUCAGUAUUCAUCAUUAUCUUUGAUCCAAGAGUGUUAAAACUUGACGUUAUGGAUGAUGUGUGGUUUCAUAGAAAGAGCUGUGACCACUAAGGGUUCCAGUAGUAUGAUGUUGACGAGUGGUUCUUGACUACAUGCGCCUACCCCAAAGCCACUCCUCUGUACUGGAGAAUUGAACCCGGAAACUUGGUGCUGGAAGCACCUUGCUCCAAACAACCAACCAAGCCAUCAUACUAGAGUAAAGACUGAGGGGAGUAGUAGGCCCAAUGGCCAACUCACUAGAUCACAAAGAAACAAUCCAUACUUAAGUCCUGUCAAAAAUAGCAGACAGUGACAUGACAGUGACAUGCGAAUACCUCUCUGGUUUUCUACCUGACAGCAGUGAUUAUUAUUUGUGUGAUAUGUGUUAUUAUUAUUAUUAUUAUUAUUGUAUUAAGCCUUGAUUCCAAUAAACACUUGAGGAAGAUGAAACCCUCUUGAACAGAAUCUCCCACUGGUACCACUACAUGUUGACACAGUGGGUCAGAUGAACUGUAGCAUGUGUUGUUGUUAUAAUUAAAAUGAUAUAUGUUUUUA